GAGGAAAACUAGAGGAUGCCGGCCCCCCUCAGGACUAGGAGGGGGGCCUGCAGGUCAGCUAUCCCAUCUCUCUCCACCAUUGCUGAGGAAGAGGAGGGACAGCAGAGCCGUAAGAGACGCAGGAGAGGAAGAGGCUCUGACUACCAUCUUAGAGCAGAUGAGAAGUUGUCAUGGAGUCGACCUGAGUCAUCUGCCUCUGGACAGAUCACCUACACAGUUUCCAGCCCGACAGAGAUACACACCGUUACCAGACCAGAGCCUCUCAUACUGAAGAUCGAUGAAAGACAAAGACUUGCCCGUGAACGGAGGGAGGAGCUGGAGAAACAGAGCGCUGUACGGGGCUCUAAGUGGCUGGAGAGAGAGGAGAGGGCCCGACAGUUUCAUGAGAGACAGCUGGAGGAGCGCAGGAAAAAAUAUGAGGAGCAACGGCUAAAGGAAGAGAGAAAACGAGCUGCGGUUGAGGAGAAACGACGACAGAAACUAGAGGAGGAGAAGGCUCGGUAUGAAGCCGUUAUCAGAAGGACUAUGGAGAGGAGUCAGAAAGCCAGGCCGAAAUCGAACCGCUGGAGCUGGGGUGGAACACUCCCUGCUAGCACCUCACACAACAGUGGUUUUGAUGAGUCUGCUCUCUUUCCGUUGGAUCUAGCUGGGCUGGAGCACUGUCAUGGUGUUUUCAGCUUGGCCCGUCAGCAGAAGCUUUGCUCUAAAUAUGCUGAGAGACGGUCUGUCUCCACCAUGAAUCUGUCCAAACAUACUGAUCCAGUCAUUUCCAAACGUCUGUCCUUGUCCUCAGCCACCCUGCUUAAUUCACCAGAUAGAGCCUUAAAGAAGCAGACGUCUCUCUUGUCCACUUGCUUGAUAAAAAAAACACAGUCCAAAUCCCAAAUCUCCAGAGAGAAGAUCCCUCAGGACAAACAAGCAGGUAUGCGUCGCAUGCCUCUGACCCCAUGGGAGAAUAUGAUGGUCAGUCGACUACAGACACCAACACACUCCUAUCUGGCCAGGAGUCGCAGCGCCAUGUCUUUGUCUGGAGAUGCAGUGACCCCCAUUUGUCCUCGCUCAGCCUCCUGUCACUCAAUGACCUCGAUGUCCUUCAAGUCCCUCCAGUGUCGCAACGCUGAGCGACCAAUCAAAACGGGCCUUUAUCUAGAGAGACCCUUCAGAACAGGGCAUGUUCCUCAAGACACCAGCACUCACAGAAAGACCACCCAGAACAUACUGGUUGACAGAAAGGAUAAGGACUAUGUGAGGAAGUCAUGGAGCAAUCUCUCAUAUCCCACUCCCAGUCUGACCCUGUUCACACCCAAGAGAGCUCCUUCACCUGUCAGUCAUCGCAGCAGGGUCACAAAUCCGUCCCCCAACAGGAGCUCCAAUGCUAAACCCCCUCAGAAGAUACCCCAAAAAAUCCCCAAAAAGUCCAGGUCUCCACCUCCUCCCGCAUCAAUGCCUCUGUCUCCUAGUAACCCAUCCUUAUCGCCAGGCAACCUUAGGCCCAACAAAGUUGCACCAGAGAGUCCGAGAGUUACACCAGAGGGGGAGGGGGGCAAAAAAGAGGAGCAGGGGCCAAUUGCCGAUCCUCCUAAAACUGAACCAGAGGCCCCUGCAACUAAACCUAAACCCGCUGCAGGUACUGGAAGUCCUCCAUCAGCACGGCCUUCUGCAGGCACAACAGAUCCUGAAGAAGCAUCUCGUCUGCUGGCUGAGAAACGACGGCAAGCCAGAGAACAAAGAGAGCGAGAAGAAGAGAAGAGGAGACAACAGGAAGAGGCAGAAAGACGCAGUAGGGAGGAAAUGGCCCGCAGAAAGGCAGAGGAGCGAGUGAAGAGAGAGGAGGAGGCCCAGCGGCAGGCAGAAGAAAGGAGGAGACAAGAGGAGGAGGAGGAGAGGCGUUUAGAGGAGGAGAGAGCACAGAAAGAGAAAGAAGAGGUUGAACGUCUGCAGAGACAGAAAGAGGAAGAGGAGGCUCGACAGAGAGAAGAGGUAGAGCGUUUGCGCCAGGAAAGAGAGAAACACUUCCAGAAAGAGGAGGCCGAGAGACUGGAAAGGAAGAAGCGCCUUGAGGAAAUUAUGAAACGCACACGCCGAUCUGAUCAGAAAACAGCUCCUCAUAGAAAUGGUGAUGGCAGCCAACAGAGUGGACAAGAUGCAGCGAGUUCAGUAUCCAGCAGUCUGUCAGUGAAUGUGUUGGCCCCUCAGGCUCCUGAAACCUCUGUGACAGAAUGCAGUGACAGAAAUGGACAUACGGGCCCAAGCUUCAUUACACCCAUCAUGCCCCCUGCAGGUCACAGUACAAAUGUUGCUGUCCAGCUCAGAGAAAAUGGCAUUAUUGCAGAGAGAGAGGCCUUUGAGGAGGUCAUAGAGGUUCCCAUGGCAGCCAAACUGUCCCGUCAGGAUGGAGACGGAGAGGAGGUGGAAAACGAGGAGCAGGAGAAGAGUAAGGUUCCCUUCUUGGCCUUCAGAGAGAAUGGUAGCGCUCACAAUGUGAGUGAACUGAAGGAGAAUCCAGCACUGUUGAAUGCAGAUGAUGUAUGAACAAAUAAUUGUGGAAGUGCAGCAUGCAACACAGGGAAGAGAGAUAAGAAGAGUUAGAGGGAGACCUCUCACUGCAUCUCCCUCCAUCUGACACUAGGACAUCUAUAACUGCAAAGAGAAAUUAAGAAGAAAUAGCCUCCGACCAUCUUCUCACAGUUGAGACAGAUCUCCUGUCUUGCGCUUCCUGUAAUCUGCUCCUGUCUCCCCAAGCUGAAGGUGGUAUGGCUCAAACUAGUGAUCCACUGUUAAUGGAUGGGGGACCACUGUUGGUGACCAUAAAGUCACAUCGAAUACUUGAAAAAUGUUAUUGUCAUUGUUGUGGAAGCUCCUGUGAAGUGCUAAUUAUAAGGAAUGUGUGACGAGAGAAUAAUGGUUGGUAUAUUUACAUAGAUUAAUGGCAAACCUUCUAGUUUUGCUCUCAUUAUGCCAGCAAUGGAGUGGCUUAACUUUCUGCUUAGUUUUAUAAUUAUUAUUAAUAAUGAAGAUAAACAGAUUUUCCUCCCUCUUUGAAAAGCUUGAACAGAUUCUUGCCUCUUGAAUGAUGAAUUUUGCUAUGGGUUGCAAAGAUGUCUUGCUCCAUUGUACCCUAUCAUACGGCUCCCUGCGCAAUCUGAAAAAAGCAAAUGGUUGAGUGAAUCUCAAAAACCUGUCUAGAACAUGUCCAAGUCAUAUUUACCCCAAAAUUAAAAGAAAUGAUAUUUUGCAUAAAGAAAAUGAAGGCUAUUAGGCCAUUCACAUUUUUUUUUUUCUGUUGUAACAUUUUCAUAACAAUUAAGUACAUUUUCCACACAGUUGUCAUUACCGUAAUGCAAGAAAAAUCUAAUUCUCAUUACUGUAAUGCCAAAAAAUGUAUUAUUUAAAUUUAAAGUAUUUAUACAUCAUAGUAGUAUUUGUUGAAAUGCCUGUUAUCAUGAUAAACUGUAUGUAUAUUAAACAAAAUCUUUAAUUAUUUACAUUACACUAUUAAACUAUAUUUAUUUUUACACUAGAUCAUUGAGAAUAUAGGCUUCAUUUUCGUUAUGCAACAUUAUUAUUAUUCAUAUUAUUUUUAAAAAAUCUUUUAAUUUUGGCGAAAACUGUGACUUAAAUAUUUUUUUUUCCAGGUUAAUGGUUUUGCUAGCCGUGUUGUUCCAUGUAACUUUGAUCACAGAUAUGCGAGAGAAACUUGCAACAUGUCUAUUGCAUCGUUAGAUCCCGUGAAAGCUAAUCCAAUCAUUAAAAAAAUCUAUAUAAAUAAUGAAAUUUUGCGAAAUGAAUCGUAAUAAAAAAUUAGCAGAAUCUAUUUCAGUUUGAAAUGCUGCUACCUAUGUCUUUCCUUUGCCUUAUCAAAUGAAGUUACGUUUUGACUGUGUUAGUAGCCUGUGACCUCUUUAUCUGUUUAAGGGCUGAUUUGUUUUUUGUUUUUCGAAAAAUCCUUAGUUCAUCAAUAAGCUUCCAACAAAUUCUGUCAGUUUAGCCCUGUCAGUGCUGCUACAUCAUGUAGUUAUUUUACUUUCCAUCCAAGCCCUGUGUGAUAUCAUGAUGUCAUAGGGCUUAUAUAAUACCAAGUAUCCUAUGUAGGGAGCACUACUUUAUAUUCGAAAAAAGGCAGGGAUUAAUUACAUAUCUUGUCAAAUAAGACUAAACAGAUGCAGUGUACAUUGCUAUAUGCAAACAGUACAAAAUAUUAAUAUACAGUGCACAAAAUCUGACAGCAUUAUCUUGGGAAACUGUGGGUGAGGGUUUAAGACGAGCACAACUUCACUCAGAGACAGAUUUCUCAGUGAAGAGUAAAUCUACUGGAUUAUUUAAAGAAAAACAAUCUGAUAAAGCACCCACGUGCCCUUGACCGGACCAACAGCACCGAGUAUCACUUUAAACACUGAAGCAUUUUUUCCCAACAAAGUCAAUCUAUAUUGCAUGUACAGAUGAUGAAAAGCAAUAAAACUUUUUGUUCAGAAACAA